AUGGGGGGCGGCGGCGGCGGCGGCGGAGAAGGAGCCUCCGGGCCGGAGCUGUCGACGGACAACAUGAAGGGGAUAGUCCUGGCGCUGCUCUCCAGCGGCUUCAUCGGCGCCAGCUUCAUUAUCAAGAAGAAGGGUCUCCGCCGGGCCGCUGUUGCCUCCGGCGUCCGUGCAGGUGUCGGCGGGUACUCGUACCUCAUGGAGCCCCUGUGGUGGAUUGGCAUGAUCACUAUGAUUGUAGGUGAGAUUGCCAAUUUCGUGGCAUAUGCUUUCGCCCCCGCUGUGCUGGUUACUCCCCUUGGAGCGCUCAGCAUAAUUGUUAGUGCAGUGCUGGCUCAUUUCAUUCUGAAUGAGAGGCUGCAUGCCCUCGGGGUGCUCGGCUGCGUGAUGUGCGUUGCAGGGUCUGUAGUCAUCGUUAUCCACGCUCCACAGGAGCAGGAGAUUACUUCAGUUAGGGAAAUAUGGAACAUGGCGACACAACCUGCUUUCUUGCUAUAUGUUGCGUCAGUUAUUGUGAUUGUUUUUGUCCUGGUGUUCUAUUUCUCCCCUCUCUAUGGGCAGUCCAAUGUGUUGAUCUACACUGCCAUUUGCUCUUUGAUGGGCUCUCUCUCGGUUAUGAGUGUUAAGGCUCUUGGUACAUCCUUAAAGCUCACUUUCGAGGGAACAAACCAAUUAAUAUAUCCAGAGACUUGGUUCUUUAUGCUUGUUGUGGCUACUUGUGUGCUGACUCAGAUGAAUUAUCUGAACAAGGCGCUUGACACGUUCAAUACAGCAAUUGUAUCUCCAAUAUAUUAUGUAAUGUUCACAACUCUUACAAUACUUGCCAGCGUCAUAAUGUUCAAGGAUUGGUCUGAUCAAAGCCCUGGAAGCAUCAUUUCUGAAAUUUGUGGUUUGGUUGUGGUGUUGUCCGGUACCAUUUUGUUGCUUGUGACGAAGGAUUAUGAAAGGAUCCCGCAAUCAAGAAGCGUUUAUGCACCAUUAUCUCCCUCCUUGACAACUAGAUUAAAUGGAGAAUUGUUGAAGCACGUCGAGGAUGAGAGGACUUCGGAUGAAGAAAAAGCAUUGAGGAGACAAGAGAUGUACUAG